UCGCUCUCUGCCUCCUCUUCUCUCGCUCGCCCUCGCUGGCUCUCUCUUGCUCUCGCUUGGGCUCGGCCCCUCUUGCUCUCGGUCGCCCUCGCUCUCUGCCUUUCGCCCUCGCUCGCCGUCCAGCUCUUCUCGCUGCCUUUCUCUUGCUCUCGCUCUCGCUGCCUCUCGCCCUCGCUCUCUGCCUGACUGCCUCUCUCCUGCUUUCGUUCACCCUCGCCCCCACGCUCGCUCGGCCAGUCGGCUUCGCCCUCUUGCUCGCUGCCCUGCCUCUGAUUCAGGUCUUCGUUUUACCACCCCCCCCCCCCCCCCCCCCCAACUUCCAGAUUUGCUUCAUUCGAGCCCAGCUGCCCAGUGCAAUUGCUUGUAGGCUGUUGUUGGGAAGAAAGGAAGAGACUAGAGACCCGUUGUUGCUGCUGCUGCUGUUGCCCGCUGGAGUGUCCACCGCUCUCGUCACUGCCUCUCCGUCUCACCACUACCCCGCCCCUCUCUUUGCCUAGUCAUCUCUUUGUCUCAGAGAGAGUGAGAGAGAGAGAGAGAGAGAGAGGUUUCUUCUUCUUCUUCAAUCCGUCCCCUCUGCACUACAUUCAUUCUAUUAGACAUGAGUCGAUCUCAGGAUACCUCAUCCCUUAAGCGGAAGCGACCACAACCAAAUGCACAAUUACAGUCACCGGAGAGUGUACUGUUAAACCUUAUCAAAAGCAAAGGAGACAUGGGAAUCUGGAAAGGAGAUAUGAAAAGAGAGACAAAUCUUCCAGAGCCUGUGGUUAACAAAGCCCUCAAGGCACUCCAAGGCAGGAAACUUAUAAAAGAGGUGGUUAACAUCCAAAGCAAGGGGAGAAAACAUUACAUGGCAGCCGAGUUUGAACCAUCAAAGGAACUCACUGGCGGUGAGUGGUAUGUGGGAGGUAACCUGGAUAAAGAAUUCAUCGCCAUUCUUAAAGAAUCAUGUUUGAAAAUCAUUAGGAAGAUAAAGGUUGCUACAGCAGAGGGAGUCUCCGACUUUUUUAAGAAGAAUAAAAUCACGACAGCCGAGUGCACGACUCAGCAAAUUGAGGAGAUACUGAAAUCUAUGGUUCUAGACAACGAGAUUCUUGAGAUAAAGAGCACUGGACUAGGAGAAUUUCGUUCCAUUCCAAUUGGAAGUGUUUGUUAUAGAUCUGCAACCGGGAUGGGCCAUGGACAGGGGCUAAAAGUGGGUGCCAUGGCUUCGAUUCCAUGUGGGGUAUGCCCCAGGAUCAGUCAGUGCACGCCUGAUGGUAUCAUCUCACCAAGGACCUGUGAAUACUAUAACAAAUGGCUGGACUUCUAAUUUUGAAUUGAUUGAUUCCAUUCAAUUGUUGGCAUCAGUUUCUGAUGCUAUUGGAUAAGUUAUAUAAUUUUUGCAGUAUA